AUGUUGAUAUUUGACACAAGUUUUGAACAUGAAAUAAUUUUUGAGGGGGCUCCAGCAAAUGCUAUACGUAUAGCACUUAUUUUUGAGCUUUGGCACCCAGAAGUUCCGCAUGCAUUGAGGGGGAAAAUUGAUGAUGUGGAGGAUAACUGA